GAGCAUCCGGCGGAACGGUCGGGAAUGGCGGCGGCGGGAGCGCGCCUGGCACAGGCCGGGCUCGCACAGCUCCACUGACAGCUCCCCGGAUUGCAAAGCUGCCCCCUCAGUGUGCUGCUUUUGGCUGGGGCAGAGUUAAUUUUCUUCACAGUGGCCGGCGUGCACGGAGGGCAGUGCAAUGGCWGUCACGGUGAAAGAAUGCCUGGAGCUCCAGCUGCUGGAGGUGGAAAUGCUCCUUUCCAUGUUUCCCAAAAGAGGGGAGCUCAGCCUGGAUGAGGACGCCGUGCCCAGCAUCCAGCGCUACCUGAGGAGCGCUGCCGGAGCCCUGCCCCCACAGCUGGAAUAUCGCAUCGCUCUCGAUGUAGGGGAGGCGAAGGCAAARGUGGAAUUGCAGGUUCUCCUUCCUCAUAUGUAUCCUCAGGUAGCUCCUCAGCUCUUUGCCAGAUCAGAUGCUUUGCACAGACAGCAACAGUUGCAGCUCAAUACUCGUCUGGCUUCUCACAUCAGCUCUCUGGAUUCAGGAGACCUGUGUAUAUGUGAGGCUGUGCAGUGGGUGAAGGACAACAGCCUGCCUUUCUUGGAAAACAGUGACACCUCGUCGGAGUGUGCUUCAAAAGAAGUCAGGGUUAAGGAAAUGCUGCAUCGCAUGUGGAUCUACAGCCAUCACAUAUACAGGCARGAACUGAGGAAAAAGAUUUUUGACUCUGCAAAGAAGUUAAAUCUGACUGGCUUCUGCCUAACUGGGAAACCUGGUGUCAUCUGUGUGGAGGGACUCCAAGAAAAUUGUGAAGAGUUCUGGCGAGUUAUUAGAUAUCCCAACUGGAAGCAUAUUUCAUGCAAGCAUGUGGAGAAUAUAGAAACAGAGGGAAGCAUUGAUAAWCUUCGUCUCUUCCAUGGUUUUGAAGACCUGCAGUUUGAGGCACAUGGUGAUUAUGGCCUGAGGAAUGACUAUCACAUGGAUCUUGGCCAGUUCCUAGAAUUCCUGAAACAGCAUCAAAGUGGACACAUUUUUCAGAUUUUAUUUGGUAUUGAAGGCAAACUUGCAGAGAACUGAGAGAAACCAUGUAAGGAGUUAUAAUUUUGGAGAGCAAGAGAUGGUACUAACACUGAAAUAUUGUGCCUUAGAGCURCUGUGAGAAGGGAAACUUUAACAUCUGAGAUUAAUGGUUCAAGAAGUUAAUCUCAGCUUCUGUUCUGAAUUGCCACAUAUUUUUGAGAUGUGUUUACCGAUUUUCUGAGACUCUGAAACUGGCAUUUGUCUC